AUGGAACUAACUUCCAUCAAACAGAAUACAAAAACCACAGACAAACGGUCCAGCUUAUUUCUAGUAGAAAUCUCUCCCAGCAGACCGGGAAUUACUUUAUUGUUAAUAAUUUUACAGUUCAUCGCGUUGUGUUUGGUCACGCUAGCCGUCGCCGCACCUCAAACUCAAAAUGUGCAACUUUUGAAAUACUUCAACGACAACGAUGGACUUGGAAAAUAUCAAUUCGGAUUCGAGCAAUCCGACGGUACUCAACACCAGGUGCAAGGCGAGGUGAAGAACCAGGGUCGUGAUGACGAGGCGCUGGUGGUGCGGGGGAGAUACUCCUGGGUGGAUCCCAAUGGCGUAACCUACAUCGUCACCUACACUGCCGACGAGAAUGGAUACAGACCUGUGAUAGAACAAGGACCAGGCGGCGCUGUGCCUGGACCUGUUGUCGCCAGUCUUGGUUGA